AUGUCAUCUAAUACUCGCAACAUCAAUACUAGCAAGGUCGCUCAAUCCAAGUCCACUAAGAAUGGCCGCCAAGCACAACCCAAGCGUUCAUUGUCAGGAAAUUGCCAAACGUGCGGUGGCUCGAUGAAUCAAUACUGGUGUCAACCCUGCGAAUCGAAAAAAUUUAUGGAUAACUUUAAGAAUUGGACCUCGGGCAGUGAAGCGGUUGAUAACUUUAUUCAUGAUAUACAAACGAAAGCGAAAACACGCUUUGAAGUGUUGGAUUGGAUUCCCUACGAUAGAUUGAGUGAUGUAAAACCGAUGGCGAAAGGGGGAUUUGGAAGUAUAUGUAUUGCUGAAUGGUUAGACGGACCUAGAUGGACUGUGAAUAAAGGGAAGCUGGUUAGAGAUGGAAAGACUGAUGUUGUAAUAAAAGUUCUAGAUACAAUGCUGGAAUGCGGCUCUCCUAAAUUCUUUGAAGAAGUAAGUAUUGCCGCAGUUCGUACAACAUACGCGUUACGACCAAUAAUAUCUAAAUUUUUUCAGCUGAAAGCAUGUCUUCAAUGCAGUUUUAGCGGAGCCAUACUUCGGUGUUAUGGUAUCACCCGCGUUCCAUCUUCUGAGAAAUUUGCAAUGGUAAUGGCAUACUGCAACGAUGGGGAUUUACAUCAAAUUCUUCGCCGAUCAUCCGACACCGUCACAUGGGCUUUCUGUCUAAGGACACUCUGGCAAAUUGCAUACGGCCUGGAGGAGAUUCACAAGCAUAAUCUAGUGCAUGGUGACUUUCAUUCCGGUAAUGUAUUUGUCGUGGCCGAAGGAGCUAUAAUUGGCGAUCUGGGAUUAUGCCGUCUAGUCGAGGAUGAAUCGUCGGAGGGGUUCUUUGGUGUAUUGCCUUAUGUUGCUCCCGAGAAUUUGAGGGGAAGGCCGUACUCGUGUAAAUCGGAUGUCUACAGUUUUGGGAUGAUUAUGUGGGAAAUGACUACCCGUGAGCGACCGUUCCAAAAACGUGCACAUGAUGUUCGGCUUGCGUUGGACAUAUGUGGUGGGUUGCGUCCGGAAAUCACUGCUGAUACUCCAGACUGUUAUAAAGAGUUAAUGAUGAGAUGCUGGGAUGAAGACCCAGACAGGCGGCCAACAGCUAGCGAAGUAACGUCUAUUUUUUUUGGGUGGCACUUUGAGAAAAAGAAUCUUCAAGAGUUUAUUACUGCCGAAAUAUUAAGAAAACAAAUGAAAGACCGGAAUGUUGAGGCAGAAUUUCAUUCUCAGGCCGUUUAUACGAGUCGAUUACUUGAAUUUCCCGAGGUGAUGGCAGAUAAUGAAACCGGAGGCGAAUCUGAUUACAAAACGCGUCAACUAGAACUUACAAUAUAA